AUGGGAACAGCGAACCCCGAGAUCGCACACAUCUUCCCAUUUGCUGCAACAAUCUACUUCCAUGACAUUAUUGCCAGAUUAAUCCCAAUUGAUAUUCCAAUGGCGUGUUCGGGUCCCAAGCUCUCUGAGGGAUGGUGGACGACAAGAUAUGCUUCGGUGUUGGAAAGGGGCAUGCAGUCACAUUAUCGCGAAACUCAAUGGCACUUACAGCCUGGUCUUCUCAUCUUCGAUGAGGCAGACGCUAUGGACGAUACGUCGCUAUUGAUUCCCAUCGCCCAUUACUCAUCGAAGACAUCCAGAAACUCGACCCAGAUUCAGAAGAGGCUAAGGUCUUAG